UUCAGAGUUGGUUAGUUUCGAUUAUUGUCAUUCGCCAAAAUGAAUAUUUUUAAAGAACAUAGGGCGUUAGUGGACGGUAUUGCUAGUGAAAAUGGAUUUACUGAUUAUGAAAUAAUAACUAGCUCUGGAUCGAACAAAGGCGAUAACUUUCUAGGAGUCCUUAGUGCCAUUACCAUUAAGAACAAGGAAAAAAGUUUGGACUUGAUUUUGAAGGCUUCCCAAACCAAUAAAGAGGAUAGAGAAUCUACACCUUAUAGAAAUCUGUAUAAUAGAGAAAUAUAUUUGUACGAAAAGAUUUUUAAGGAGUUUAAGAAGUUUCAAGAAGAACACAACAUUGAAGAUGCCUUCGAGAGUGUUCCCAAAUUUUAUUCAAGCUUUACUGAAGAUGGACUUGAAAGUUUAAUUAUGGAGAAUUUAAAAACGCAACAAUAUCAGAUGUGGGAUAGAAAAAUUCCAAUGAAUCCAGGACAUAUAAAAGCCGUACUCAUUGAGUAUGCCAAAUUUCACGCAGUUUCAUUAGCAAUGAAAUACAAAAAUCCUGAAUUAUUCAAAGAAUUGACAGAACAUGGUCCAGGCAAUCCAUUUGAGAAUAUGUUCCAAGGUGAUACGGAAAAGGAAAAAAGGGAACAAAUGAAAGCGUUUUUUACUCAAUAUUUAUCUGGUGCUUUUAAAGCAUUAAGGGAUAAUGUUGUUUUGACAGAAUAUGUAAAAAACUUUGAGCAGAAUUUAUUGCCUGAUGCUCUGUUGAAGUUACAAGAACCAGAAUACAAACUGGUAAUAACACAUGGCGACUGUUGGUGUAACAAUUUUAUGUUUAAAUAUCAGGAUACAAACGAUAAAACAGCACCCCAAAGUUUACGAGUUAUUGACUGGCAAAUGUCUUCUUUUGGGAGUCCUUGUACGGAUAUUUCCUCUUUUCUUUUAGCAAAUAGCUCACAAGAGGUUCUGGACAAUUUUGAAACCUACCUUAAAAUAUAUCACGACAAAUUGGCUUUGCAGCUUCGCAAUUUUAAUUUAGAUCCCGACGAAGUAUUUUCUUUGUCAAGGUUACAAAAUCAUUUGAAGAAAAGUAUAUUAUUAAGCUUGCUUACGGCGUUUUUAACUAUAAAGUUAAUGGUAACUGAUCCUGAACCAGACCACCUAGAAGCCGUUGAUAAAUCUGCUGAUUCUGAAGCACCACAAUUAGAAGAGUAUAGUAGGAGAAUAAAAAUUGUGGUUAGGUUUAUGGUUAAAAAUAAAUAUUUGUAAUAAGCAUUUUGUAAAGUAUAUGAUAUUAAAAAAGGAAUAAAAAAGGUACAAGAUAUUAAAAAAGGAUUUAAUAAAUAUAUAGGUUGUGAAAAUGAAGAUCUUUUGACAAAUUUUUAAAUAUAUAAUAAUUAGUACAAAUUAAAUUUACAAAGAGAAACAAAAAUAUACUGUCAACACAAGAGACAAUAAAUUAAUGGCAGUUUAUACAUUUACAAUUAGAAUUGUUAUACACUAGGGUGGAGCGAAAAAAUCGAUAUUUUUUUUUUGACAUGUAAUACCUGCGAAAAGUUGACCCUACCUAUAGUAUACUUGCUGUUAAAAUUUCAGUAGAAAAUAAAAAUAUCUUCAGGGUUCUAC